AUGUCAAAAGAAAACGACAGCACAGAAGCACCACCAGAGCGAAGGCCGCAGCGGCCAGCUUCACGUAGCAUCUUCAACGUACCCACGCCCAUCAAACAAUUGUUCGACAGAUUCCCACUUGUCACAUACUCCACAAACGAUCUACCACAACGCGCGCCACGCCAGCGCAACUCACCUGUCCUGCAUAUAUUCACUACAAACGAGGGCGCAGUAAAGGGCUCACCGUCAUACAACCCAGCGUGUCUAAAAUGGCAGGCGUACCUCAAGUUUUCCAAUAUCCAUUUCCGCGUCGCUUCCUCGAGUAAUCAUGCGUCACCAAGCGGUGCGCUGCCAUUCCUUCUCCCUACCCAACCUGACACCACCAAACAUGUACAGCCAGUACCAUCAAGCAAGCUGCAGCGAUGGACCAUGAACAACAGUGAAGCGGCAGUGGAAGAAUCAGGAGAUCUUCGCUAUGAAGCAUAUCUGUCACUUCUUGAUCACCGGAUACGGAGGGCCUGGCUCUACAGCAUAUACCUUUCCAACAACUUCACGUCCAUCGCCGAACCGCUUUACAUCCUACCAACAUCGAGCAAUCCCCUUGUUCGCCUCACAACAGCACGCGAGCUGCGCCUUGCUGCCGAGAAGGAGCUACUGAAGUUCUCCGCAGUCAUAAACGCUGAGACUCUGUACAAUCAAGCAGAAGAGGCAUUCACGGCGCUUGACUCGCUGCUCGGGGACAAUAAGUGGUUCUUCGGUGCAGAGAGUCCGGGCUUAUUUGACGCCAGCGUCUUUGCGUACACACACCUGCUUCUGGAUGAUGGCCUCGGCAAGGGCUGGCUAGACACGCACCUGCGCGAAACACUAACGUCGCGGCAACGCCUAAUUGCGCAUCGAAACAACAUCCUAAAGAAUUACUUCCCAGAUAGUUUGUGA